AUGUAUUCAAAACUUGAAGCUCAUUACAUCGGUGAAAUGGCAAAGGAUUACAUAUAUGCCGUAACGCCUCUACUCGUUGAUGCUAUGAUGGAGCGAGAUCAAGUGCAUAGGCAAAUCGCCAUUGAUGCUGUUGCUCAUCUUUCUUUAGGUGAAUUCUUGCAAUUUCACGAUUAUUUUGUACUUCUCCUAUACAUUCCACAUAUUCUGUAGGU